AUGUCGCAGGACGAGGGCGCAAUGCCUCCGCCUAAAGCUCUGAUCCUUUUAUCGUGGGGAGGAUCUUUGGCCUUCUUCAUAGGGGUGCUUCUAGCCAUUCCGUCUGGCUUCGGGAAACAUCUAUGGGAUGUUCGAGCGACAGACCUCCAAGGAUAUCUGAAUGUAAAGUUGUUUACCCGUAUACCUACCUCGGUUGAUCACACACUGACUACGGGCGCUUGUCCUGAACAGCUCCUCCUCGUGCUCGGCCUCACCUAUGUCUGGCCUCCUACGCUCGCGAAGCUGGCCAUUCUAGUGCUAUGCUGCCGCCUUAUCCCCAAUUCACGUUUCCGAAUCGCUCUAUACGCUGUCGCAGCCGGCCUCGUCGUAUACACUCUCGUCUUUACGAUCUUACUAGCUGGGCCAUGUCAUCCUCAAAAACCCGGCACCAACACUUGCGUCGUCAACCUGACCAUAUCUCAGGCGGUCCUCAACAUCGUCAGUGACGUGAUUGUUAUCAUCCUUCCAAUCCCCUUGAUCCAUCGCUUGAACAUGCCGUUGAAACAGAGGAUAACUGUGGGCCUUCUACUUGCCCUCGGCUCUGCGGUCGUUAUUGUUUCUUGUAUCCGCUUCGGCUAUGUGCAAAAGAUGCAGAAAAAUCCCGACGUUACCUGGACCCAAGCUUCGGCUUCCCUUUGGAGCUGCAUCGAGAUGAACACCGGAAUAAUCUGUAAUUGCCUCGCCCACCUAAAGCCUUUUGUGCGACGGCAUAUUCCCUGGCUUGCAAAGUUUGCCUCCGGAACAAGUCAACAAAAGUCGUAUCCCGAUGAGGUCGACAACAGUCACAGCUUCAAGCGGUGGAGGGGCGACAAGGCAAGCCAUGGGUAUCAGCUACACAGUGUCGGCCGUUCGCAGGAGCCGGCUGCUGCUAGCACGGGUAAUAAUGUGGUUGUUGUAGACGAGUUCCAAGUCGAGUUCACACCGUCGAGGAAUACUGGUGAGGCCGCAAGUACGGAGGAUAUCUUGACACAUAAACCCCGGCACAUCUAA